GGGGCUUUGUUUCUGGAGAGGAGGACCCGGAGCUCUUUUGUUUGGGGGUUCGGUGUUUUCACCCCCCCACUCACCCCACCCCACCCCCCACGCCUCUCCGGUUUCCUGAGCUGCGGGCUGCAAGGGAGGAGAAGCGGCGUCUUGCAACCCCCUCGGCUGGGCCCCGGGGUAAUUCGAUGCGGGCCUGGCGAGGCUCCCCACGCUAGACCCGGGCUCGCGUCUCGGCAGCCUCCACCCACCGGCCCACCCUACAUUUAGCGCAUCAUGUGAUCCGGGAUCAAUGUGACUCUAGAAACAAAUGGAUGAAUGAAUAUCCAUAUGAAGAGGAAAACAAUAAAGAAUAUCAACACCUUUGAGAACAGAAUGUUAAUGCUUGAUGGGAUGCCGGCAGUCAGAGUCAAAACAGAGCUUUUGGAAUCUGAACAAGGGUCUCCAAACGUCCACAACUACCCCGAUAUGGAAGCUGUUCCCCUGUUGCUAAACAAUGUGAAAGGGGAGCCCCCGGAGGACUCGUUAUCUGUAGAUCACUUCCAGACACAAACUGAGCCAGUGGACUUGUCAAUCAACAAAGCCAGGACAUCCCCCACAGCCGUUUCAUCCUCCCCAGUUUCCAUGACAGCGUCUGCCUCCUCGCCUUCUUCAACUUCAACCUCUUCAUCGUCUUCUAGUCGUCCAGCCUCAUCCCCUACCGUCAUAACAUCAGUAUCUUCAGCAUCAUCUUCGUCAACAGUAUUAACUCCAGGACCCCUUGUUGCCUCUGCAUCUGGGGUGGGAGGCCAGCAGUUUUUGCACAUCAUCCAUCCCGUACCGCCGUCAAGUCCCAUGAAUUUACAGUCUAACAAACUGAGUCACGUUCACCGCAUCCCUGUGGUGGUACAGUCGGUGCCUGUUGUCUACACAGCCGUGCGGUCACCUGGAAAUGUGAACAACACUAUCGUAGUACCGCUUUUGGAGGAUGGGAGAAGCCAUGGCAAAGCACAAAUGGACCCCCGAGGCCUAUCUCCCAGACAGAGUAAAAGUGACAGUGAUGAUGAUGACCUGCCAAAUGUGACCUUAGAUAGCGUUAAUGAAACUGGAUCUACGGCCCUUUCCAUAGCCAGAGCAGUACAAGAGGUACAUCCGUCCCCAGUGUCGAGGGUCCGGGGAAAUCGAAUGAAUAAUCAGAAGUUUGCUUGUUCAAUUUCACCAUUUAGUAUUGAGAGCACAAGACGCCAGAGACGAUCUGAAUCCCCCGACUCCAGAAAACGGCGGAUCCACAGAUGUGAUUUUGAGGGAUGUAACAAAGUGUACACAAAAAGUUCUCACCUGAAGGCUCAUCGAAGGACGCAUACAGGAGAGAAACCCUACAAGUGUACCUGGGAAGGCUGUACCUGGAAGUUCGCUCGUUCGGAUGAACUGACAAGGCAUUACCGCAAACACACGGGAGUGAAGCCAUUCAAGUGCGCGGACUGUGAUCGCAGCUUUUCCCGGUCAGAUCACUUGGCACUGCACCGCCGGAGGCACAUGCUGGUGUGAGGAAGGCUACCUGUCCAGCUGAACGUAAGAGCUGGAUCUCUUAGCGGCACCCAAUUCAGCAGGGCUGAAUCCCCUUCACAGUGUUAACACAAAAGGGCAUCACCAUCCCACGAUGUCUGAAACCAGAGCAGGAAAAAGGAGUGGUAACACUUCUCCUUUCGACCUGAAGGUAACCCCCAUCAUGACUCCCCAAGAAACGACUUCACGCUGGCCUGGGAGAUCGGUGACACCCAUGCUGAAGAGACAGGCAUUGUUUUCCGUGCGGUGUCCUCUGCCAUUUAAAGAUGUUUGUAGUUUGUACAUUUUCUGAGCUGUCAGACGUUUUGUUAUUGAUACUUUCAAGGUCGUCUACCACACAUUGAUGGCUAGAGCAAGACCUUUUAAAUUUGGAUUAUUCUCCCAUCAUCCCACCCCUUAACCCCUUUUUACAAAAGUUUUAGUUACUGAGUGAGAUAGAACACACGUCCAAUCUGUUACCAGCAAGCAGCAUGAAAGUAGAAAAGAAGCAGCUGUUGGAGAGGUUCCAUUACCUGAAAAGAAAGGCGUGCUCAGGCAGCCCUUUCCAAUAGUGAUGGCAGCAACCAGAUACCACCCGCGACUUGUCAUUAUGCCAUGCCCUGGAGAAAACCGACAUUGAAUCCGUCAUUUGUUUGUUGUUGAUUGUUUUUGUUUUGUUUUGAUUCUGUUUUGUUCAUCUGUCCGAGCAGAGGGGCUGCGACAUUUCAGUUGGAGUCUCGUCCCGCUGUCUGCCCUGGCGUGGAUGGGCACAGAGCUGUUCUGUGGUUGAAUAGGAAGAGCCUGUGUUAAAAAAAACUACUGCCCCACUUCAAAUUGCAGUGUUCUGUCAGCUGGGCAUCAUCUCUUCCUACCCCUAGUAUUUGAUUACAAGGAAUCAGGGGGAAAAAAAGCUUCCUUAGACACACUGGCACCAAGGUAAGAGGUGGGACGGCCCGGGCAAAGUCAGUGAACGUGAAAAAAUCAGACAAAGCAGAGAUGGAAAUAAUGCGCCUCUUGAGGAGAAAAGCAAUAACGAAUAAAAGGACUUUUCCUACAGUAACUUCACUGAGGACUCACGUUACCGAUUUUCAUACUUACUAAAGGGAUUGUAAAAAAACACCCCAGCAUUUUAGAUGUCUUGGUUACAUUUACAGCACUGAGGUAAUCUUUCUGCUGUUUGUUGUCCUGCUUGGUUGAGUACCACGGUUAAAGAUUACGCUCCCCGUUUUCUUGUUUGAAAACAGUUAUUUGGUGACCAGGAAGGCCACGGAGGCAAGGCAGGGAAUUAAGUCUUAGGUGAACGGGUCAAUUCUCCUUGGGCCCGAGUCAGUGGGAAGGGAAUGCUCCCAAGGAAAGCCUGACAUGGUGCUAGUUCCCCUCUUGGAGAGCCAAGGAUACGUGACUCCCCAGUGGGUUCUUCUCUACAGGUUUCACUUUCUAAGCUGUAUUAAGACCCAGUGGUUCUGCAGUGAUAUUUGCAGGGACUUUGAACCUGCUCGUCCUGCGCUGAGGGUGAGAGGCAGUGACAGUGCCGUCAACCCCCUAAAAUUAUGAGCCUUUUUUGCAACUAGCAAAGUCUACAGUAAGCGAAGCAAUACAUCACCAGUGAGCAUUCUUUCAGAAAAAUUACCUUUUUUUUUUCCCCCACUAAAAGCUGGGUUUUUUCAGCUUUCUGUGGCUAAGGGGCUUGGUGAGGUUUUUUGUUACUGUUGUUAAGAUUUUUUAUAGCUUAGGUAUAAGAAGUGGCCAGCAUAGACCUUUGCAAUAUAUUUUAAUUACAAACACUUGAUUUGGGGAAUUGCACAAAUCAACCUCACAAUAUAACUAGCUCAUUUUGAAAGGUUUGAACAUUCUGAAAAAAUUUCUGGCUGCAGAAUUAUCCUUUCCAGGAUUAUCUUCUGAGUCAGAUGAUCUUAUUCUGAUGAAGCAAAAGCUAUAAACAUUGAAAUAAGGACGAUUUAUGUUGGGUGGCAUUGAAAGAAUUUUUUUUUUUUUAAUGUUCAAGCAACAACAUAAUGAUUUUCAGGUCAAAUUCUGUCUUCAAAAAGGUGUGCUCUACUUUUUCUGCCAGGUCGUAAAAAUUCAUGAUGCAAUUUCCCUCCAACAAGGGCUGAAAUUCUAUGGAUAAAUAGCUUCUUUAGCAACACAAUGUACUACCCACCAAGCACUAGGCUUUUUCUUACCUACUGGAACAUUUUUUAUCUAUACUAUAUGCAACUCCUACUUCUCAUUGCCUGUGAGCGUUUUGAAUAGAAAUGCCAGUGUUGGUUACUGGUUAGUGGCGAAGAACACAGAGAGUAGCAAACACAAGAGCAUGGCGAACACAGCUCUGAAAUCCUCUGUGCUAGCCCUAGAACCGAGUUGGCAGGUAGUAGGUGAAUCACUGAGGUGAAGGGCAGACUUGAUUUAAUUCUGCUUGCUCUCCUAAGAAGGGCCAGUCCUUUUCUCUGCUGAGAGAUCCUGAGAGCGUUCCAGGGAGAAACGGUUUUUAGAAUUCAUAGAGCUGACAGGCAGUGGGAGCUUCCUGAGUGACAGCUCGAUUUAAAAUUAGCACAGAAUGAAAUGAGCUGCUUCUCUCCAAUAACAUAAGAAAGAUUCAGGGAAGUAAGAUUUUCUGCUUACCCCCAAAAGUGGAAACCCAACUAAGACAGUAAGUUUACAGAUGAAACCUGUCAGCAGUGUGUCAUUUCCCCCCUUUUGACACACCAGUACUUCUAAGGAGGGAUCCAAGCACAAGGAGGGGAUGAGUUGCUGAAACUCAGCUGGAGCUUGUCUUGGGACAUAGCAAAUUCUCCUUGGUGAAUUUUCUACGAGUGUUUCCUCAUGGAAGGGAAAGUGGUUUGGUAGAGAAGGGAUUAUAUUUUUAAGUAAGUAUAUCUUCAGGCAUGGACAAGCCUCCUCCAUUUCAUCUUCUGUCCAUCCUAACCUCUUUUUAAAAGCACAGUAAAUGGUGAACAACAGAAAAGGAGUAGAAUCCAAAGGGCUUCUCAGUUGUUUCCAAACUAGAAGCGUUCUUUGGUUUUAAAUGUGAACCUGGGUGUGUGUGCAUGUUUGGGAACUCGGACACAGGUAGCUGUAAUGGCUUGAGAAGCUACAGUUGACUUAACUGUAUAGAUUGAUUUCAAGGCAGUUAAUGUUAUUUGAAAAGUUAAUGAGGUUCAGACUUUGAGGUGUUAGUAGAUCCCCUCCUCAUUCCGAUGGUAGGUUGUUUGAGAAAAGGUUUGUGCUUCCCCGUCCACCCACAGCCCAUCCUGUCAGUUGUGUGUGGACUCUGAGAAUCCUGCUUGAUAGCUUGUCUUAAGUUCUAUUAAGGCAUUUAGACUGGAAUUCCUAACGGCUUUACCAUAAAGAUCAUACUAUUACCUGGCAUUACUUUUAUAAAACACUAUAGGACAUUUAUUUUCAAAGGCAAUUGAAUAACAAUAACAUAAACCACAUUUUUUUUUAAAGAGCACUUUUUAUUCACUUUAAAGUUUUAAGUGGGAAACAGGAAGAGGAAUGUCAGGGGGAAAGAAACUUGCAAAAUGCUACAGUGUUUACAAAUGCCAGUUCUAGACGAUUAAACAAACCAUUCUCAUUAUGGUUCAAAUUGGGAGUAGCUUAGACAAAGAUUGUGUUCAUCUUUAUACAGUUGUUUUAACUUCAAAUUGCUACUUGUGUUUUAAACAUAAAUAUAAUUCUGCACUUUGAAAUCAGUUCAUUAGAUUGAUAACAUGUAAAUGGAUAAAGAUGCAGUAUUCCUUAUUCUGUACUUUAUUUAUUAUACUUACCAAAGCUGCAAUUGAAUAAAUCCAGUGAGGUGAGGCCUUCAAGUGUAUUAAUACGCCUUUGUUAUAUUGUUACGACUGCUUAGAAAUGUAGCCAUGAUGUUAUAAAGGUGUCUUAGCAUUUAUAAUAAGGAUGGACAGACUUUAAGCAGUGUUAAGAACACCAGCAUUCCUGAUACAUUGAGCUGUGGACUUUGUGUAAGGCGCUGAACGUGAGAUAACUCUUAUGAAUCGUAAUAGGCCCGGGAAGCCUUAACGCUCAUAGUCCAUAAUCCGGUCUCCGAUUUUGCUCCUUACUAAUCAAUGCCUGUAAAUUUUAGGGGUAAAUGUAUUCUACAACUUCAUUGAUCAGAUCUCUUCCUUCCAUUUUUCUAAGGUAGUGCAUCUCAUUAAAACAUCUCAAUUUGAUUUUGUUUUGCUUAGGAGAGGGGUUUGCUAAGUCAUGUCUUCCAUUUCUGCUUUUCCCCACACUGCCUUCCACUUACCUGUGCCGGCACUUCCCCCCGCCGCCACCCCCGAUACAUGCACACCUGUAUACACACCUGUACAUGCAGCAGCCAGUGGGCUAGUAAAUAUCAACAAAGAACUUUUUUAAAAGAAUGAAUUUGUAAUAACUCAUGCUGUCUAGAAAUGUAAGUUAUUUACCUUAUUAGGGAAUCAGCUUAUAAUGCUAUAUAUGACUUUGCCUGCAUUUUAUAGUUAAGAAGUGUACAUAAAAAGUUAAAAUGCUAUAUUUUCACAGUUUCAUUAUAGAAUAAUGUCUGUUUAGCAACUCAUGUCCAUUGGUACUUUAAAUAUGUUAAAUACUGUGCAACUGCAAUAGAAAAUCAGAUUUUCAUAAGAAAAUGAAAUAGGAGGAUACUGCAUCUUUAAAAAAAUAGAAUGAAGAUAUUUUACUGUAUUCGUAACGUGUGAUAGCGGAAAAAGUAUUUUCAAACUCACAAAUUUUACAAAGGUUGUAAAUAGUUUGAUGAAGUAUGUUGGGAAAAAGAGCUUCUAGUUUUCAUCACAAUAAAAUAAAAAAAAAAAACUUGUUCAGACAUGCCUUGUAUAUCUUACACCCAUUUAGCGAUAUUGCUAUGGGAACUCUGUUCUGCUUUGUCAGAGAGGAGCCCUUGUGCUAUCUGACAAAAUGGAGUGGCCCCUUGUUUCAAUUUAGCUGGAAUGGUUGAGAACACAACAAGUCAUUUUAAGUUGCAGACAGCUGAUUCCAAACUCAGACUUGUCUUUACCUGAAGAGAGAGAAACAGCUGCCCAGGAUCUUACUUGUGCUAAAAAGAAGCAUCUAGCAAUUGUUCUCUUUUCUCAGUUAUCUUCCUCCUUAAUAAGGCAGUUCUCGAUCAGAAAACAACUCUACAGGUGUUGACAUUUGUUGAAUCCCAGAGGGAAUCCUUUUAGCGGUAGCUGCGUGUUGACAAGGCGAAGUGCCACGAAUACGGCCACACGUGAAAUGAAUCUCUGCUGGCGAUAGGAAUACGCUAAUGCCCACUUUCAGAAAUGAAUUAAAAGCUAAAAGUGCCUGUCAGUAAUCAUUAUGACCAAUGAGAUAUUCCUAUACUUUUCACAUAGCAAUAAUUCUUCAUCAGACUGGGUCUUUCCUCCACGUUUGGGAAACAUUCACACUCAGAGUAAAUCUAUGCACGUCGUAAAUUGAAUCUGUUCACACACACCCUCAGAAAUUAUUUGGUGUGUUUUAAAUAUGCCUGAUCUUGUUUAUGUGAGCAUUUCUUCACUUCAUCUUUCUUACAGAAUGUAAGAAUGUAAAUCUGAACUUUAUGAUUAUCUUCAGCAUACUCUCUGGCACAUGGCAGUUAUAAUUUUGAGCUGAAAACUUCACUGUGAUUUGCCCCAAACUUAGGAAGCACUGUGUGUGGCUCAAAAAGAUUUGCUCAGUUAACAGAAGCCAGUUUGUUUAGCGAAGCACUAGAGAUAUUUAUUUGUUAGUUUUCCUUUAUUUUCUCCACUAAUAUCAAAUGCACAAAUCCAUGUUUACAUUUCUUCCUUUCCUUUUUUCCCUAAUACUUCCUGUUCUCAUCAGAGAACCACUUUGGAGUGAAUACAACGCAAUCACUUCUCUCUGAAAAGUCUGCUGAAGGAGAAGUGAGCCUUAGUGAGCCUAGCCUUUGACCCAGGUUUGCAGUUAGUCCUGGAAAUGAACCGAUUUACAUUCAGAACUUCACCAUACUUUUCUAUCAUUAUUUCACUGCUGAAAGUAGAGUCAUGAAUAGAAAUGUACAAGGAGACGAUACGAAUAGACAAGAGCCCUGGAAAUUCUCCAGCCCCGCCAUCUCAGCACAUAUCCACCCAAACAAGCUAUUGAGGUCUAUCAGUAAAAUUACACUCUUUUUGGAGCCAAAUACUUGGAAAGAGCAAGUUUAAAAGUAUUACUAUGAUUAGACACUCAGGCUUUAGACAGUGAAGACUACCACGACGGACAGUGUUCUCCAGAGCCAGACCACAGGCCUGGGAAACCGUCUCCUGUUCCCUCCUCCGUGAUUCAGAAAAAAGGAAAAGAAGGAAAUGUACCAGGAUAGGGUCUAAAAUAACCAGUUAACAUGUCAAAGGGAAGCUGCUGGGUUCCUUAACCUCACUCAUGUCUUCUACCUGAGCUGUUUUCUGCAAGUUGUCUGAAAGUACUAAAAGGACUUGAAAGCUCAAAGAUUCAGCAGACCAUGAAAAGAAUAGCUAUUCUUUUAAGUAAACUCUUCCCGUGUGCCAAGCACUAAUCAGGUGAUUUUUAGACGUAUGACCUCUAAUCUGUACAACAGUUCUAGAUUUUAUGGGUGGGAAACUGAGGCACGGAGACAGUGGCUGAGUUGUCUGCAAACACAGAAAUAGUGAAUGGCAGAGUGGGGACGUAGACUUACCCCUGUCUGGCUCUAAAGCCUGGAUUCCUUCCAGUGCAUCAUACUGCGUUUGUGUUCCCAGCAGCCAACUUUCUAUAUCUAACUCUUAAGUAGUUUUACUAUGGAUGUGUAGUCAUCAUAUUUUCCAAAUAAGAUACAGGGACAUGAUACAGCACAUGAUUUGACAGUGGUACGUAAUAUUUGAACUCAGUCCUCUCCUGGAAGAUCACACAUGAAGGGUGAUUAUAAAUAAACAACAACAACCAGGUGUCUCCCUGAAUUUGCCAUUUGCCUUCCAAAUAUUUGACCUGGAGAUCGUAAGUCAUUAAAACUCUUCUCCACUUCAGAGCAUUUUAGGCAGAGCAGAUUUUCGCAACUCCAUGUAUUUAUUUGUAGGAAUACCAAAAGCCUCUCCACCUCUGUAGAUCUUCUAGACUAUGUUUAAGUUGCAUGUGAAAUGUUCACCUCUGUGGAGCUAGUGGUUUGUAACAGAGCCCGCUCUUGGCUGUUGUUAAGGGGAUGGCGAUCACAAACAUUUCGGUGAUGUGCAGGAAGAGAGAACGGAAAAUUCCUUUUCAGAUUUCUCGCCUACCAGUGCCACCUUGGAAUGUUUUAAAUAGUCUUUAAAAUAGUUUGUUUAUAGUAUUGCUGUGCAUUUAAUUGAGUUUUACGUAGGAAGCUGUCCAACAUCAGAGAAAUGGCCCUCCCCCCCUUUUCUGUGCAGAACAAGGUCCCUGACAGUAUUGAUUCAUGCAAGUACUAAUGGACUUUGAAAACAUUAAGAGAAUGUCAUUUCACAUGGGGUUUCUUUUUCUGAAAAUGAGUCUCCUGAAUUAUGAUCUUUCUCCCUGUUACUUGGCUGAGGCAAGAGAUAAAACCUGUAUAAACAAAUUCCCUUCAACGCUGAGAGCAAGUGUUCUGGGUGCACAGCCCACCGCGGAAAAGGGCUCUCUCCUCAGUUAAUUGGGUUUCACAGGCAUUAAUUUCUCAACAGCAAAACCGCAACCUUAAGUGAAUUGAAAAGAGAUGAAUAGUGGAAACUGCCACAUCAGGACUUUUUCUUUCUGGAUUUCAGUUCCAGAAGUUUAAAAUGUUUGGGACAACAGAGUUUGCCCUUUGUGCAAAGCAAGAACCAAUGACUCUGUGUGAAUUAUUAUAUCCUGCUUUUUCCAAAGCAGGCUUACCGUGACUUUCACAGAGAUUCAUUUUUGUUGAGAAAUGAGGGUGGAUAUGAGGGUAGAAUUGGGGUCAAAUUCUAGUCAAAGUGCUCAAGUACUCAAAAAAUAAGAUGUUUUAGGACCAUACUGACAUCUUCCCUUUUGGCGAAUUUCAUGCUCCAAAAAUAUAGCGUAAAACAUUAUAGAGAAUGCUUCUGCUCUCCUUGUGUUUCUAGUUUUCCCAUAGCAGACUUUUGUAAUUACAUACAGACUACAGUAUAUAUUUUGUUCCUUAGACUUUAUUACAUUGAGUGGUAUUGAACUGGGGCACUGGUGCCUAUAUUCAAGGCUCUUUCCUAUCAGCUUGUCUGUCCACAGUUUGUUGUGUUUAAAAAUUCAUUUUUAAAAAUCACCAUCCCUUCCACCCCCACGGAAUGGUGGCUGUAUUGUUUUGUUCAUGUCUGUGUGGGACACGUUGCAUCACAUGACAAACCAGCUCCCCGUGGAUGUGAGAGAACCACUUACAAAACCAGCUUGAAAACAUCGUCUUCUGUAUUAUGUCAUCCUGCUUCAUAACGCAAUUACGUGUACCAUACCAUGCUCAUUGGAGAAGCCAGCAAAUUCAUGUUUGUCCAUAGAAGAAUGUACUCAGAACUCUCUGUGUCGUAAAAUGAUGAGAACAGACCACGUUUAAGAUACCCACCUGCCACUUAUAAUGACUUAGUUAUAAUUAGCAGUAGUCUAGACGUUGCUCUUGGUGUGUGGGGGUCAAGUCAAACGUCAUAUAUUUUUGAAUAACUCUCUUGGUCAUAUUUGAAAAAAAAAUAUGUGGGAAUGAAGAAAAAUAUCAUCUUUGGCCAAAUCAAGCAGGCAUCUUUUUCCUUUUCCUUGACCACUUAGCUCAUUACACAUGGUGAUUGGGUUACAAGAGCUAUGUAAAAAUACAAAAACAUCCUUUCAUUUACAAAACAGUUAUUCUAGGCUUGAAGCCUCUGAACAGCAAAUCGAAGAGAUGUGCUGCGGCUGAUUCACUUUACAGAUGUCUCUGUCUCUGACCCCAGAGAGUUAGAACGCCCCAAGGAGGUCCUACGCACUAAAGGAUAACCCCCCGCCCCCAAUGAUGCUGGCAAGCAAAUGUGUUAAUUUCUUAAAUCUUCCUUUGGUUUUCUGUUCAGAGUUUUAAUUGCAAAUGAAUUUAUUUCUCCAGCUUAUCUAAAGAUCUAAUUCCCUAAUAGUUUCCUCUGCAUUUAUAUACUCUGUAGUGUUUAGGCAACCCCUGUUAUAAGUUUAUUAAUAUUAUGUAAGUGUUGUUCUUGUAUUUAUGUAUAGUGUAUGUAUUGUAAAUAUACUCAGAGCUUUUUUCCUUUUACUGUAAAAUGGUGAUUUUUUUUUGCCCUAUGAUAAUGUAAAGGGAGACCCUCCUAAUGAGAUUCUCUCAGAGGAUGAUUAUUCCAGUCUAUUCUCAGAGAUUUAAAUGAACAAGUGUUAUCGUUUUUAAUGGUGUCUCAGACAUAUUCUGUUGGUGCAUUGCUUUUCUGUAUUCAACUUUCCUAUGAAUUGAGCUGUGAACCGAAAUAGAGUUUAAACCUUUAACUGUAUGCAUUUGUAUAAUUAUCUGAAUGAAGGCAUGAAGGUUAAAUAAAGCAUUUUGUAUGGAA